UGAGGUGAAUUUUCGUUCGUUAUUUCGUUCGAAAACAGUCGAAGUUCAGGAGGUGGAUCCUUGCGAGGUGAUAACGGAUGUGGCUGAAGUGGUGAAGCAGAUGCCUGGUAUUGCUGGUGUUACGCCGAUAACGAAUGCAAAGGUGCCGAUNAAUAUUAUUAAGACAACUAUAUCGUUGUACAAUGUACUCGCAUUGGAGAAUACUCGUUUGUUGCGAUCGUAUAGUGAACUGGAUGAACGUGCUCGAAUACUGGGCAUAUUUGUGAAGGAAUGGGCGAAGAGGUGUGAGAUUGGAGAUGCGUCCAGGGGCAGUCUUUCGUCGUAUUCGAUUAUCGUCAUGCUGAUACACUUUCUGCAAAGGUGCAAGCCGCCUGUUCUGCCGUUUCUUCAAGAGGAAUAA